AUGCUGCAAUCGUGUUUAAAAAUGAAGCCGGGCAACAAUGCAAAACGAAUAGUUUAUGUGUUAGCUAAUAGGGCCUACUCCAGGAAAUCUCGACGCGACAGAGAAGUUAGAAGAGAAGAAUUAUUAGAGCAGGAAGAUGAGCUUGUUAUGAAAAUUGAAGAUUCUGAAUUCCGAACAAAYCCUAAUUGGCAACUGCUACCAAGACAUAAAGAUAGCCAGUUCAAAUUACCUAACAAUGUGGGCAUUGCACCUGAGGAUUGCAUCAUAACCACAAGACUAAAUUAUUAUACUCAAGACUGCCCAAUUCUCUUAAAAUCUGAAAUUACAGAGCGAUUUAAUGUACCUCAUUUGAAAAAUUUCAAUCUGUGCAUGAUUACAAUCAAUUUAAAGCAAACCUCUAAUACAAACAUGUCAAAUUUAACAAAACAGUAUUUGCAUGCUGCUUUUGGUAUAAGUGAUCGCCUUCAAAGUGCUGGUUAUUGGGCUGAUUUUAUACAUCCUUAUACUGGACUUCCAGCUAUUAAUCCAGGACUCAAUGUUGACUUUUCCACUCUAGAAUUACCAUACAAACAUACUGUUUAUCAAGUAAAUACACGCAGGAAGUGCAAAGUGAUUGUAGAAAAAAUGUCUCCUAAUACUAUCGGUAACUUAUUUACAAACGCUUUGCCUUCAAAAACUGAUGUUGUCGAGGAUAUUUUGGACGAAGUUAGUGACUUACAUCAAAAUAGCUAUGAUUGAAUCAUGUUAUAAUUUAUAUUUAAAUAUAUUAUAGUUUAAUAGUUGUGAUAMUUGUUUAAAAUGAAUGUAUUAAAUUACAAAUAAAUCUGUUUAUAUAAUAUUACUUAUUAUUAUAUAUUGUUAUUUUAAAAACCUCAAUUGCUGACAAAUCUUGAUUCCUGUAUAUGAUUAAUUAACCAAUUUUGUUUAUAAAUUAUUCUAAMAAAUAUUUAUUAGUUAUAUUAAGGGAUAGGGUUUGUAUGAAUUGUUAUACCUUUUUUUUUGCAGCUAAUUGUCCUCUAAAUGUCUCUUAUGUAAAAAAUCUUUUUUUUUAUUUUGGAUAUUGUAACCAUAUAUUUGAUUAACUCAUGUYUAUUGCUACAUUAAAACAAUCAUAGAGUAAAACGCUAAAUGCAACAUUACAUUACUCUCCUGAUUUAAAUUAAAUACUAUAAGUGUUUUUGCCUUUGAGGAAAAAAUGUAAAAACGAUAUGGAUUUAUUCAAAAGUAAGACUAAUGAAAAUUAAUUAGAUUACAUAAAAUGUAACUUAAUUCAAUUAGUUUUGAAAUUGUGUGAUAAUUCUCUUUUAUUUAAUGAUAGUUGGAAAUUUAUUGGUAACUUCAGUGCAUAUUUUAUUGUAAUUUUAUUGCAUACUCUAGCAUAUCUAUCUUCAACUAAAUUAAAUGAAUAUUUUACCAUUUUAUAUAACUUAAAAUCUUAACUCUAGUUAUAAUGAUUGUUUUGUUAAUUUUAAUUAGGUCUUUAGAAUUUAUUGGUUUUA